AUGCCGUCCAAGGCAAAAGUCGGCUCGUGGCUCGACAAGGCUAACGGCUCGGGCGUGGACGAGGCGUACGAAUCUUCGGAUGAUGAAGGAUCGUCCGCUAUGAACAAGGUCGUCCAGGCUGCUACGAAGCCGAUGGACAAUGGAGACGAUGACGAUGAUGAGGGAGAGGCGGUGGACGAGGCUAAAAGAGAGGCAAAUGUGGACUGGGAGGCGGUUGUGCCAAAGAUACGGCCGGCGUUGGAAGAUCAGAGUGCAAGAAGGCGGAGAGCGUUCAUCGAUAGGUAUCUCUACGUGGACGAGAAGUCUCCGGCCCCUGCCAACGUGCCCGCUGUCCUUCAGAGCGUCUUGGCAGCUCUGCCGCUUCUGCCAACCCCGGACCAGAUCGACGAUGCCGUUGGUAUACUCAAAGCGAUCGUAGCUAGGGACGACAAGCUGUCAGAAGGAUCUCAAAAGCUAGGAGACAAGCUCGCCAAGUGGAUAUCGGCCGAGACCGAGAAGAUCACCAGCACCUCAAGGAGCGUGACUGUGGCAGCCUACCUCCCUUACCUCUUUCUCAACCUCGGCAUCCUUUCCACCUUCAAAACGACCCGCGAGCCUUUGGACAGACUCAUAGCUACUCCGACUUUCCAAGACCUCCUGGCGAGCCUGGCGUACAUCACCGACGCGAUCGAGGCGAAGGAUCCAAAAGGAAAGGAGAGCACCAAGCUUGGUCGGGCGAGGAGAAAGGCGUACACCAGACUAUGGAGAGGACUGAGAGAUUACCGCGACGUCCUCCCUCAGAUCUUGCAUGUCCUGCUCACCAAAUCUGCCCCGGCCCCAAGCCGCUUUGCUUGCUUGAUCGGCCAUAUCACUGGCGUACUGUCAAGACCGAGACCGAAGGGUGCAGCGAAGGAUGAGGAGCGAGGCAGGGAUGGCUCAGCGGCGAUACAAGCGGAGAGCGACGCCCUGCUCAACUUCUAUACCGCAAACAUCAUCGGAUCAAAGACUGCCCUCCCUCCGCACGUACCCAGAGCUUUCAACACGAUACUACCCGCCAUCGUCAAUCAGCAAGUCCUCAUCGACAAGCUGAUACCCGCGGCAGAGCGAAUGCUAUUGAGAUCCCCGGAGAAUGCCCUUGAAUUGACAGCCGAGCUUCUCCGCGGAUCCGGUAUCGACAUCUCCUCCAUCCUCCCCGCCAAGCUCGUCCCCUCUACACUGUCCGCCUCGAAAUCUUCCAACCCAGAAACUCGGGCAAAAUCCGUCCUUCUCAUGCAAGCCAUCUGCGGGCAAUGCCAAGACGCCGCCACCCGAGCGCGGGUCGUUACAGAGAUCCUGGCUUUGGCCAAGACGGGGAAGACUAGCAGUCCGGAACACCGGUCAACCCUCUUCCAGAUGUCCGGCAAUGUCGGUCCAUCGGAGGAGGUCUCACCCAUCGUCCUGGAAACGCUACUCCCGCUCAUCGCGAAAGAGGGCAACGAGGCUGCACUCGCGGAGCUCUGCUCGUCACUGCAACUGCACCUCGCUUUCCUCCUCCAGUCAGGUACCGCCUUCUCCCCAGCCGUCAUAUCGACUAUCGGGAAGGAGCUGGUAUCGACAAAAAUCGGGACACGGCGGGCACUAUCGGACGCGGUCGGGCAAGCUAUCUGGGCUGUAUCCGAGGGGAAAGAGUACCAAUUCUCGGCCGAUGGGUCAAAGCUGCUCGGAGCUGUCAUUCCUGCUCUCGAGGCAAACCUCCAGACCGCCUUGGCCAAUGUGCCCUCGAAUCCGACAGGAUAUCUCGAGGGGUACAGCGCCGCGGCGCUGGCGCUUGGCCCGCUGAGGCAGGUGGACGAUGCAAGUCAGCUGGUGGCCGCCUCGAGGGGCCUCAAGGCAGUCUCGCCAAAACCGUCAUUCCUGUUCAACGACAGGGCGUAUACCAAGAUCCCAAGCGGGAAGGAUGAGCUGUGGAUGCUGCGGAGUCUCGAGGGGGUCGUUCGGGACUGCAAAGCCUCCGUCCCAGCAGAAGCAUUGAGGAUAUCUAUCGGUUCCGCCUUCUUCCACCUCAUCCUCCGCGCUGGAUCCGACUCGGUUCGUUCCGCGGCGAUCAAGUCUCUCCCCACCCUCUCCACCACCCAGCCCGGCGUUGUCCACGCUAUCGUCCGAGACGGUCUUCACGCCUGGUUAUCCGCUCAAGAUGCCGCAUUCGACCCCCUCAAAGUCGUCAACCCGGAAGACGGCGAGUCGUCCGGUCUUCGUACACAAAAGCUCGGCCAAUUGCUCGACUACCUCUUUGACGAGACGCAUAGCCAUGCGGUAGACAAGGCGGAGAUGCAGGAAUUCGCGGUGGAUAUGCUCAUCAUGGCACACCACCCGCUUCUGACUGAAGGGGCACACACGAGCUGGAUUAACCUCGUCACCGGAGCUUCGCUGGAUCCGGCGGAUCUAGCUGUGGAAUGGAGGGAGAAGAUCCUGGCUGGACUGUGGACUGCAGCGGAGGGGUCGACAGGACGAUCUCGUUUCCCUCAAGCUGCAUACCGAGCCAUCACCACCUUGACCUUCAUCCAGCCCACACUGUAUGUUCCGGCCUUCAUGGAUCAGAUCCGGUCCGACCUCGACCCGGCCAGCCUGGACUUUAUCGGUUUGCAGGAGCAGGGUAUUUGGAUCUCGCCCCCUGAUCAGCCUUAUGUUGAUGUCCUGAAUAAGAAGACGGACACAGCGGAGAACAAGAAUCGCCGCGACUACGCUACCGAGAAAUGGGAACAGGAGAUCAGGGAGCAAGUCGCCAAGAAGCGCGCAGCUGCCGGGAAUGUCAAGUUAUCCAAGGCGGACCAGGCCGCUGUCAAUGCCCAACUUGCCAAGGAAGCAGAGGUGCGGACGCGGAUCGCUGGUGUACGGUCAAGGAUGAAGCGCGGGCUGGAGGUUGUUGCGGCGUUGACGGCGAGCAAUGCCGAGCGCGUGGAGCGAGAAGUAGGCGAGCUGGCACAGGUGUUGUUGGCUUCGGCGUUCAAUGCGGGAAGCUUCUUGUUGGAUAGGAGGGCAUUCGAGGUCAUGAUGGGUCUGUCCACGCUGGCCACCGAUCGACUGGGCGAAUACCGCCGCUUGCUGGUCGCUGCUAUUCUUCGGGGCCACAUGGCGCCUCUUAUACCUGAUGAUUACCUUGAGGAGUCGGUCCGAGACCUCAUCACGAGAUUACUGCACCAGCUUCUCUUUGUCGCCUCUCAGAAACCGCUCGACUCAACCACCUACGCCCUCGUCAGCGUCCUCUUCGGCCGAGUCGUCACUCUCGGCGGUGUCGGCACGGACUCUCCCCAAUCCGAAGAAGCUCAGGAACAGCUCACACUCAUCGUCCAAAUCAUUGCCGCCUGCUCUGGCGAGUUUGGCAAUGACGCCUACCCCCGUCUUCAAACAAUCAGCCAUCUCCAAGCUAUCAUCAGCAAGUACCCUCGUCUGGCCAAGGACGCGUCGGCCGCUUUGGUCGAUCUCGGAUCUGCCAUCCAGGACAAUGCUCAGCCGGCGGAGGUCAAGGCGAUGAUCUCGGGCACGCUGUCUUCGGACUAUAACGUCCGGAAUGCUUCGCUCCAGGCUCUGCAGCCCGUCGACCUUACCGAGCUUGACUACUCUCAGGAGCUCUGGAUUGCCACUCACGAUGCGGAGGAGCAAAGUGCGAACCUUGCGCUGCAUCUUUGGGAGGACAAUGGGCUUGACUUGCCGGAGACUUACCUCAGCUCGCUGCUCCAGUUCUUGACCCACGACAGCGCUGCUGUCCGGACAAGUACUGCUGGAGCUCUCGCUGCUGCCGCUCAGCAAUUCCCGGCCCAGAUCGACCCUACCAUCUCUGGACUUCAGAUGUUGUACAGCGAGCGAGCAAAGCCCUUGACGUCCGAAUUUGACCGAUUUGGUAUGGUCAUCCCCGAGACUGUCAAUCGCCAAGAUCCCUUCGAGUCCAGAGUCGCUAUCGCCCUUGCUCUCCAACGCCUCACCCCACUGCUCUCCAACUCGCACGUCGAGCCAAUCAUUAACUUUAUGGUCUUUGGCGAGGCUCUCGGUGAUCGUCACAGCGCAGUCCGAAAGGCUAUGCUUGAAGCGGCGACCGCGAUUGUAGAUCUGCAUGGAGGGAAGAGUAUCGCGAGCUUGAUGUUGACGUUCGAGGACUACUUGGGGAGGUCGACACCAUCUUCGCAGACGGAUGACUACAUCAAGGAGGCUGUCGUCAUUCUCUUCGGUCGUCUGGCCGGACAUCUCGACACUACCGACCCCCGCAUCCCCAAGGUCGUCGACCGGCUCGUCGAGGCGCUCAACACUCCCUCCGAGCUCGUUCAGUCCGCUGUGGCCGACUGUCUUCCUCCACUCGUCAACGGCAUGGGCGAUGAAGUCGAGUACCUCGUCGACAACCUCUUCUCGGCGCUUACGACCGGACCCAAGUACGCUGGUCGGCGGGGCGCUGCGUAUGGUCUGGCGGGUGUCGUGAAGGGUCGAGGACUGGCUUCGCUCAAGGAGUAUGAGCUUAUGGACAAGUUGAGGGAGGCGGCGGAGGAUAAGGCGUCUUAUCAGUCAAGACAAGGAGCUCUGUUUGCCUUCGAAACAUUGUCGACUACUCUCGGCAAGACCUUUGAGCCAUACAUCAUCUCUAUCGUCCCUCUCCUCUUGGUCCUGUUCGGCGACACCAACACCGAUGUUCGAGAAGCCACGCAAGACGCCUCGAAGGUCAUCAUGUCCAAGGUGUCCGGACACUGUGUCAAGCUCAUGCUCCCGGAUCUGCUGGAUGCCUUGGAGGAGAAACAGUGGCGGACAAAGAAGGGCGCUAUCGAGCUUCUUGGCGCCAUGGCCUUCUGCGCGCCCAAGCAGCUGUCUCUCUCCCUCCCCACCAUCAUCCCCCAUCUCACCGGCGUCAUCAAUGACUCGCAUGCCCAGGUCAAGUCUGCCGCCAAUACCAGUCUGAAGCGGUUCGGCGAGGUGCUCGAGAACCCGGAAGUCAAGGCCAUGCAGAGUACGCUCAUGAAGGCUUUGGCGGACCCAACGGCGAAGACGGCCAAUGCGCUUUCGGUAUUGCUCAAGACUCGUUUCGAACACUAUCUGGACGCUCCGUCUCUGGCUUUGGUCAUGCCCAUCAUCGACCGAGGUCUUCGUCAGCGGAGUUCCGAGACCCGGAAAAAGUCGGUCCAGAUCGUUGGCAACAUGGCUUCUCUUACCGAAUCCCGCGAUCUUAUCCCUUACCUCGACGCACUCAUGCCCCUCGUUCACGAAGUCCUCAUCGACCCCGUCCCCGAAGCUCGUGCUACCGCCGCCAAGUCCCUCGGGACCCUCGUUGAACGAUUGGGCGAGACCAACUUCCCCGAUCUGGUCAACCAGCUCGUCAAUACCCUCAAGGCGGACACGAGCGGUGUGGAUCGUCAAGGUGCUGCCCAGGGUCUGUCGGAGGUAUUGUCGGGUCUGGGAAUGGAGAGGCUGGAGAAUAUGUUGCCGGAGAUCGUGUCGAGUACGAGCUCUCCUCGGCCAUAUGUCCGGGAAGGGUUCAUCUCGCUCUUGGUCUACUUGCCAGCGACCUUUGGGCAUCGAUUUGCGCCUCAUUUGGGCAGGGUCAUUCCGCCUAUCUUGAACGGUCUUGCCGACGAUUCGGAAUAUGUCCGCGAAGCCUCUAUGCGAGCCGGAAAGAUGAUCAUCGCCAACUACUCCAACAAAGCCAUCGACCUCCUACUCCCCGAGCUCGAAAAGGGGAUGCUCGACAGCGCAUGGCGUAUCAGACAAUCCUCCAUCUCGCUCACCGGCGAAUUGCUCUACCGAGUCACGGGUAUCAGCGGCAAGGUCGAGCUCGAGGAAGAAGAGGCGGCGGUCGUGGCUAUCGACAAUGCUCGCAAGGCGUUGCUGGAGGCUCUUGGUCAAGAACGACGUGACCGAGUAUUGGCGACGCUGUAUAUCGUGCGGCAGGACGCUAUCGGGAUUGUCCGGCAGGCGUCGAUCCACAUCUGGAAGGCUCUCGUACAAAACACCCCUCGGACCACCCGUGAGAUCCUACCUGUCCUCAUGCAGAUCCUCAUGUCCCUCCUCGGAAGCGACGAGAGCGAACAGCAAGAGACCGCUUCUCGAACGCUCGGCGAGCUUUGCAGGAAGAACGGCGACCGGAUCUUUGGCGAGAUCAUCCCAAUCUUGCAGAAAGCCAUCUCAUCUCCCGAUGCGCGAUCAAGAGAAGGUGCCUGCUUGGCCUUUGCCGAUGUCAUGUCCGCAGCGAACCGCGAAACUCUGUCCGAGUACGAGGACCAGAUCAUCGCUGCUAUCCGGAAAGCCCUCGUCGAUACCGAGUCAUCAGUCCGUGCUGCCGCUGCUCAGACUUUCGACACCGCUCAGCACUUUAUGGGCGCCAAGGCGGUUGACCAGACCAUCCCUACCCUGCUGGAGGCCAUGCGAAACCCGGGCGAAGCGAGCGAGACUGCCCUCCAGGCUCUCAAGGAGGUCAUGAGCGUCCGGGCCAACAGCGUCUUCCCUGUUCUCAUACCCACCCUCACCGCCCAGCCCAUUACCGCCUUCAACGCCCGCGCACUCGGCGCUCUCGUCAAGGUGGCGGGAAGCGCGCUCAACAAGCGACUGGAUACGGUCCUCGGCGCGUUGGUCAAGUCACUCGAGAAGGAGAAGGCAGAGGAUGUCAGGGAGGAGCUGCAAGGCGCCAUCGAGGCAUUAUUGUCGUCCGUGGUUGACGCAGAUGGUGUGCAUCAGUUGGAGAUGCUUCUGAUCGGAUGGGCGAAGGACAAGGACGAGACGCGCCGAGCUACCGCCAGCAAGGUAUUCGGCACACUCUGCCAAGUCUCCACCGCCGAUACGUCCGAGUACCGCGUCGACUGGAUACGCAUCCUCGUUACAGCCUUCGACGAUCCCGUACCAGCCGUCGUCGAUGCGGCUUGGGAAGCACUCGACCACUUUGUCAAGACCAUCGAUAAGGACGAGCUGGAAGAUCUCGUCGUUCCCCUCCGCCGAGCUAUCGAGUCGACUGGCGCGCCCGGCAAGCACGUCGCUGGAUUCUCUCGUCCCAAGGGAGUUCAGAGCAUCGUCCCUAUCCUUCUCGCUGGUGUACUCUCGGGUACCCAAGAGCAGAGGGAGCAGGCGGCGCUCGGUGUUGGAGACCUCGUACAGCGGACGAGCGAAGCGGCGAUCAAGCCGUACAUCAUUCAGCUUACCGGUCCCCUCAUUCGAGUCAUCUCUGGUCAGGGUCUCGCACCUCAGAUCAAGUCUGCCAUCCUCCAAACUCUCACUGUGCUGUUGGAGGAGGUUCCUCAGCUGGUCAGGCCCUUCCACCCUCAACUCACUCGGACAUUCGUCAAGUCCGCCUCGGACCCAGCGGCCGUCAGUGUGCGGAACCGCGCAGCCGCUGGUCUUGGCGAGUUGAUGAAGCAUCAACCACGUGUCGACCCCCUCAUCACCGAGCUCGUCGGCGGCGUACGAUCAGCCGAGAAGGAUAUCGCUCCUUCCGUCGUCCAGGCUUUAGCCGCGGUAUGCUCCAGCGCGGGGAAGAACAUUGGGCCGGCUGCAAGGGCAUCCAUUGUCGAGCUUGUGGAGGAAGCGUUCGCCGAGCCAAGAGGAGAAUCUUUCAACAGCGCCGUCGCAAAGGUGGUCUCCGGUCUGGCCAAAAAUGACCCGGAAAGCAUCCGGUCUCUAGUAGACACCUUCCUCACCACGACGAUGCCACCUACUGCUCUCGUCAGCAUCACGAUCCUUUCUCUACUGGAAGAAGCACCAGCGGCUUUCUACGAGCUGGACGUCACGGAGGAGAUCAUUGACAAGAUCAAGGCGAGUAUAUCGGCGGAUCAGUCGUCGGUCGCGAGGCCUGCGAGGGAAGCGAGAGAUAUCAUCAAGGAGGCGGAGAAAUGGCGGGAGGAUCCCAAGGUGCAAGCGGCGUUCAAGUCGGGGGUGUAA